AAAUUGUCGAAGAAUAGCAUAAAAAAAAGGCAAAAAAAUGAAAAUGAAUUAUCCAGUCUUACUGAGUUUGUGUUUGUUUUUUUUCGCAGCAUAUGGGAUCCUAGACGAUAAUCAAAAAGAAGAACAUGGUAUCCUAGCCGAUAACCAAAAUGAAAAACCAUGUGGUAUUAAUUGCGAUGUUCAAAAUGAACAACGCGAUAAUCUAAACGAAGAAACAGAUGAUAUAUCAGCUAAUAACCAAAAUGAAACACAGACAUGUUCCGUCUGUUGGGAUAAUAAUCCAGAUACAUCAAUAGGAGUCUGUUCACAUAAAUUUUGCAAAGGUUGUAUUGAUACUUGGAAAUUUGAUAAGAGAAUAUACCGUUGUCCUUUAUGCAAUCAUGUAUAUGCUAACCCUGACAUUCCAACAGAUGUCAAUAUCAUUUAUCAUGAUCUAAUUGAUGAAUUUCUUGAAGAUUUGAAUUAUAUCAAUAUGAUUUCAGAUUAUUAUAAUAACAAUAGGACUCUUCAAGAAAUAAUUGAUGAAAUGCUCGGAGAUUUAAAUUUUAUCGAUGCCAUUACAGAUAUAACUGGAACAUCAAUUAUCACAUUUGAAGUAUCUAACGAUUUAAAUACCUUGGCGGAGUCUAUGAGAAAUAUCAAUAGGGAUUCAAUUUAUAGUGAUAAUGACUUCGGCGAAGUUAUGAGAAACAUCAAUACAAUUCCAGAUAAUAUUGACGACAAUUCUCGAUUUAUAAUUAAUAUCUUUGCCGAAGCUUUGAGAAAUAUCAAUACUAGUUCAGAAAAUAGUGGUGAAGAUUAGAAAUACAACCCAAAUAGCAAAUUCUAAAUGAUAACAUUUAAUAAUUAUUCUACAAAAUCACUUUUUUGUAAAAUUAUUUGUGAGUUAAGAUUAUUUUUAACCUCUUAAAAUUUUUUCGAAAAUAAUUAUUAAUUAAAAAUAUUGUAAAAUAGUUUAUUUAAUUACAAUGUAAAGAUUAUCUUAAAAAAAUGUUUAAAAAUGUUUAACAAGACUUUUAUUAAAUUACUACAACAAAAAUUUGAAAAUAUUAUUUUUGUAAUAAUGUGUAAACAAA